CAGCCACCCUGAUAUGCAGAUAUGGGAGAAGGAUGAACGCGGUCGGCCUCUUAGCAGCGGCAGCUAGGCCAUCUCGUCACAGGUGUUACCUACAUUGUCCCCUUGAAGCGCGCAGGGGUUGGAUGUAUGUUUUCAAGGCUGUAUGGAGCGAUUAUGGGCUAUUAUUAUUCUUAUUAUGGGAGGCCCCCGUUGUCGCCCACAGACAGCCGGAACCUGAAUAUAAUGCCUCUUGUUCGCAGACUCAGAUCCGUCGACAAUUCUUUCCCAUAUUCAGGUCCCGAUUAUUGUCGCCCUUGAACUUUACCUCUGAUCACGCAUGAAACCCUGUGGAUGCCAUGGCCGGAUCCGACUCGCCCAACCGCCCUCAGGUAGAAGCCAAUGCUUCACAAGCCGAACCCAUCAUCGCAUCACCCGCUGAAGAUGUCUCCCACGAACCAAGUGGUGCUGAUGUCAAGGCUUCUGCUGAAGCCUCCGUGACCCCCGUCCAGGAGGACAAGGACGAAAUCAUCCAGGUCAUCGCCGCCAGCCAGACGUCCUCGUCAGUCGACAUCGACAGCUCGGACCCAUUGAACUUUGGCCGCCAUCGACGCGACAAUGUCACCCGCAAGCAGAUGAAGAUCGAACAUCCCAAGGGGGACAAGAAAAAGCUCAAGAAGUAUUACACCCGCCAGAACGAGCUCAUUGACCGAUUCCUCGGCGCCGACGAUGAGGAACGUCUCGCCGUCGAGGAGGACAUCAGGAUGGGGCCCAGGAUCAAGUUUGCCGUCUACGGCUCCUUCGCGGUGAACUUCUGCCUCUUCAUCAUCCAGAUGUAUGCUGCCAUCUCCACCGGAUCCUUGUCGCUCUUUGCAACUGCAGCCGACGCGUUUAUGGACCUCGUAUCGUCCUUCGUAAUGCUCAUCACCUCCACGCUUGCUGCACGACCGAGUGUGUACAAGUACCCUGUCGGCCGCAAAAGGAUCGAGACGAUCGGCAUCAUCCUCUUCUGCGCAUUGAUGACUACCGUUGCUGUUCAGCUGCUUAUUGAAUCGGCUCGUACCCUCGGCAACGGCAAACACGACGCAGAACCACUGAAGAUCGUUCCUCUGACCUUUGUCGGCGUUGCCAUUUUCGCAAAGGCCACUCUGAUGAUCUACUGCUUCUUCUACCGCAUGUAUCCCUCGGUCCACGUCUUCUUCGUCGACCACCGGAACGACAUCGUGGUCAACCUCUUCGGUUUGAUCAUGUCCAUCGUCGGCGAUCGCUUCGUCUGGUAUCUGGAUCCGAUCGGCGCCAUGUGUAUCGCCUUGCUUAUCCUGUUCUCCUGGGCGUCCAACGCCUUCGAGCAGGUCUGGCUGCUGGUUGGCAAAUCCGCGCCGAGGGAGUUCAUCUCCAAGCUCAUCUACAUGACCAUGACUCACGACCCGCGGAUCGCCAAGGUAGACACGUGCCGAGCCUAUCACGCCGGCCAGAGCUACUACGUUGAAGUCGACAUCGUCAUGGACGAGGACCUGCCGCUCAAGACCACGCACGACGUCGGGCAGACGCUGCAGCGGAAGCUGGAGGGCCUGGCGGCUGUCGAGAGGGCCUUUGUGCACAUCGACUACGAGCACGAGCACGACAUCCACGAGGAGCACAAACCGCUCUACGAGAAGGACAAGAAGAAAAAGAGGACUCUCAAGGAGAUCCUGCUCUUCCGGAAGCCGGCGAUGGAGCAGGCCGAGGCGGCGGCGCAAUAAAUAAAAAAGACUUUGGGUUUCGGUGCUCGGGGUACGGUUCGGAAGGGGGCGUGUUUGCGUGUAAAAACAAGGUGAUGAGCAACAUGUACUGGCGUUUUUGGGAUUACGAGCGAGCGCAUCUACUAUGUAUAGACCUGGAUCGGGGGGGGGGCAACGGUGUAGUGUAGUAAACAG